CGCGACGACGCGUUUGACGAAAGAGGAGACGAAGAUCCAAACGCGGCGCUAAGCUCCGCCCUCGACGCCUCCUCCCAAACUAUCCGACAAAGAGAAGGAACCCUAAUUUAUUUCUCAAAUCCCAAAAGUGGAUCUCUCUCUGAAUCAGAUUACGUGUUUUGGGCUGUUCUGCUGCUCUUCAAUUGCUUCCCCGUUGCGUUGUAUGUGCCAAAUAUGAGUGAAAAGAAGGUAUUUUUGUUUGGAUCCUUUACGGAGCAUGAAACAAGGUCAUUACUUGAGCAGAAACCCAUUAAGGCUCUUCAGAAUCAUAAAGACAAAUCUGUGGGAGGUAUACAAUUCGGCUCCUUGAAUAUUUCUGCCAAAAACUCUUCAGUGAAUACUAAUGGCGAGCUGAAGAAAGGUCAGGCUGAUGUGACCGUUAAAUCUCGACCCUCCAGCUCUCAUAAGGAGGAUAAAACUAUUCACUCCGCUGGGUUGCAAAAGAAACUUGAUGCUCCUAGACCUUCCAGCUCUGAUAAUGAUGCAAAACUCCCUAGCAUACACUCUUCAGGAGUUCCGCAGCAUGUGGAAGAAAAUGGAGUUAUUAAGGAGGUCUCUGAAAGAAAGUCUCUCAACAAUGGUGUGGCGAUGAAGAAAGAUCCUGGUUUCGAUAAGUUGAGUGUGUCAGAUGGUGAAAGUGAUUCUUUUUAUAAAGCCUCGGGCUCGAAAUUCCAAGCUCUGGACAGCGAAUUUUCGUCAAGUGACUCUUCAUCUGGCAGCAUAGCAAGAAAGAACAACCAGAUUGUUCCUUCUGAGUCUCUUCCGCCGAUUAAAGACUUUACACCAAGAGGAUUAAUAAACGCUGGGAACUUGUGCUUCCUCAAUGCGACUCUGCAGGCUUUACUCUCAUGUUCUCCGUUUGUGCAGCUCCUCCAGGGAAUACAGCUCCAAGAUAUUCCAAAGGCUGGGUCUCCAACGUUAGCUGCGUUUUCCGAGUUCAUUUCUGAAUUAGAUGCGCCAAGCAGUUCAAGCUUCAGAAAUAAUGUUGCCGUUGUUGAGUCUGGUAGACCUUUUACACCUGCCAUGUUUGAAGAGGUCCUUAGAAAGUUUACCCCAGAUGUACUCAACAACAUGUCUGGCCGGCCAAGGCAAGAAGAUGCUCAGGAGUUUUUGAGUUUCAUAAUGGACCAAAUGCAUGAUGAGUUACUGAAACUCAGGGAGCAGUUCCUGAAACUCACUACUUCUAAAGCACCGGUUGUUACUUCUGCCGACGAUGAUGAGGAAUGGGAAACAGUUGGACCCAAAAACAAAUCGGCUGUGACAAGGACACAAAGCUUUGUUCCUUCUGAGCUCAGUGAUAUAUUCGGCGGGGAGCUAAAAAGCACAGUGAAGGCAGAAGGGAACAAAGCGUCUGCUACUGUACAGCCAUAUCUCUUACUUCACCUUGAUAUUCACCCGGAAGCCGUGACGAUGAUAGAAGAUGCAUUGCAUUUGUUUUCUGCACCAGAAGAUCUUGAAGGGUAUCGAGCCUCGGUUACUGGGAAGGCCGGUGUAGUGAGUGCUAGAAAAGCGAUAAAGAUACAGAAACUCUCAAAGAUUAUGAUACUGCACCUAAUGCGUUUUAGCUACGGAAGCCAAGGGAGUACGAAGCUGCAUAAGCCCGUUCGCUUUCCCCUUGAACUCAACUUAGGCCGCUACCUUCUUGUUUCUCCUUCCAUGGAGGGCUUAAAAUAUGAACUUGUGGCGACUAUUACCCACCACGGAAGGGAUCCCUCGAAAGGGCACUACACCACAGAUGCUCGAAGAAAGAACGGUCAAUGGCUUAGGUUUGAUGAUGCCUCUGUGACUGCCAUAGGGACAAAACAGGUUCUGCACGACCAAGCAUAUGUCCUUUUCUACAAGCAAGUGUAA